AUGCCAAGGUUUUCCCCAAAUGAGGAUUCCUCAUCAGAUGAUUUCUAUUCCUCAUCCAAUGCCUCUCCAAAAAGCCCUUCGAUCUCAUCAAAGGCCACUGGCGACUCUGAUGAAGACCACUCAGAUGAUCCCAACACAAGUGAUGAUCAGCCAGAUACCAAUAUCUUCAAUUGUAACCUAUACGGCUCAACCACGGGGUCUUCCAGCUGUUCCAACUCCAAUGACAGCAAUGAGCACCGUUCUGAUGCCGAUGAUAAAGAUGAAAACAACUCCUGCUCUGAAGAAGAUUCCUACCUGAUCAGCUCGAGUUACAACCAUUGCAAACCAUCCAACUCCAGUGAAGAAAGUGAAGAUGGCUCAGAUGCUACUGACUCUGACAAAGAGCAUGUUGACUAUUCGGCCUCAAAUUAA